CGCUUUACAGCGCCGCUUGGGCACCUGUUUCAAGCAGCGGGCACAGCACUAGCUUGACGCUGUCGGCGCUCGAGGCCCGCGAUGGUCUGCUGCACCUGUUCCAGCAGUGCUUGCUCAAGUACGCACACUUUCUUUAUGACCCAGAGACAGUGUAUUGCAACGCGACCUUCGAUUCAUAUUUGUGCUGGCCGCCCACGCCGGCGGGCGAGGUAGCCAGCCAGCACUGCCCGCCGGCUCGCCUAAGUGACACCUCACGUUUCGCGUACCGCCAGUGCGAACCGAGCGGACUGUGGCAGGGCCGCCGGCCGAACGAGUCGAGCGCGGUGGGGUGGACCAACUACACCCCCUGCUUCCCGCAAGAGGUUCAGAAUCUCUUCGUGAAAGUCUACGACAACGAACACGUUGCACAGCUAAAAUUCGAAAUAGCGCUGCGCACUAGAUACAUGGAAAUGGUUGGAUUCAGUAUAUCUCUCGUCGCGUUGGUGGUGUCGCUUUUUAUUUUUUCUUACUACAGAUCUUUGCGCAACAACCGCACCCGGAUCCAUAAGAGCCUGUUCAGUGCCAUGGUGCUGCAAGUGUUGAUCAGGCUGACCGUGUACAUCGACCAGGCGCUCGUACGCAGCUGGCGCAGCGACCGCGCCGCCAACGACACCGCCGCUCUCAAGGGCAUCGACAAUAUGCCUUAUCUAUGUGAAAGCUCGUACAUUCUCCUGGAAUAUGCCAUCACAGUGAUGUUCAUGUGGAUGUUCAUCGAGGGGCUGUACUUGCACAAUGUUGUUACGGCGAAUGCUCUGCGGGAGGGCAUUUCUCACGUAGUGUACUACGCCACCGGAUGGGGCUUGCCCGUUAUUCUGACGGCAGUUUGGGCUGCGAUGACUGCACUGCACUACAAUGGUGAAAGAGUCAACACUUGUUGGUAUGGAUAUAAUUUUUCUCCGCUUUAUUGGAUUAUGCAAGGACCGCGAUUGGGAGUUAUACUGAUAAAUCUGGUGUUUUUAUUGAAUAUAAUGAAGGUGCUCAUUGUUAAGUUAAGGAGUAGCGAGAGUUCUGAAUUAGAAAAAAUCAGGAAAGCGGUACGAGCCGCGCUAGUGCUGCUGCCGCUGCUGGGCAUCACCAACGUCAUCAACAUGACGGAGGCGCCUCUGAACGGCAGCGUGUGGAAGUUCGCCCUGUGGAGCUACACUACCCACUUCCUAAGGUCCUUCCAGGGAUUCUUCAUCGCACUAAUCUAUUGUUUUCUAAAUGGAGAGGUAAAACAGGUGUUACAAAAGCACUACAGCAACUACAUGGCUAUGCGCGGCAACGUACAACGUCACCGGGAUUCUUUCUUCAACUUUUUGUCCAGCAGUGGUGAACAGAAACCCAGCAGGGACAAAAACAAAAAGAGCGAUGAGAUGGAAUUCGCGGAAGCAUUGCAACCCCAGGGUGAAACGAACAUUGUGGAAACCAACGCAAACGCUGAAUAUAUAACGGAGACAGUAUGAUCAGAAACGGAAAGGGCUGCGGUUGUCGUUACCGUUGAAGCUGAAAUUAAUUGAUUUGGAGAAAUAAUCUACUUUAUCUACGACAUACAAGAACUUU